GCGGGAACAGGGGAUGGGGGAGGGCGCGCUGUGCGCUGAUUGGCUGUGCCCACCGUCCGUCAGUUUCCCGUUGGCCCCGCCCGGUGCCUCUCGCCCGGCUCGUUCCAAUGUCUCAGUAAGCGGCGGAGAGCAGAUCGGGGAACCGGCCGGGAUCAUCGGAGCAGCUCCGCUCCGGGAUGUGAGUGUGGCCCGAGCGAUGGGGGAGGGCCCCUAGAUCCUCUCACCGCCCGCACUGCGCCGCGACAUCCCCGCCCCCACCAUGUCGGCGAAGGAGAACCCGUGUAAGAAGUUCCAGGCCAAUAUCUUCAACAAGAGCAAAUGUCAGAACUGCUUCAAGCCCCGGGAGUCCCAUCUCCUGUCCGACGAGGACCUCAACCAGGCCAAGCCCAUUUACGGGGGAUGGUUAUUGCUGGCACCAGAGGGCACGGACUUUGACAACCCCAUGCACCGAUCCCGGAAGUGGCAGCGGAGGUUUUUCAUCCUCUACGAGCACGGCCUGCUGCGCUACGCCCUGGACGAAAUGCCCACCACCCUUCCACAGGGGACUAUAAACAUGAACCAGUGCACAGACGUCAUCGAUGGGGAAAGUCGCACUGGCCAGAAGUUCUCCCUCUGCAUCCUGACCCCAGAAGAACAUUUCAUCAGAGCAGAGAACAAGGAGAUAAUUAAUGGGUGGCUGGAGAUGUUGAUCGUGUACCCCAAGACCAACAAGCAGAAUCAGAAAAAGAAGAGGAAAGUGGAACCCCCCACGCCGCAGGAACCUGGACCAGCCAAAAUGGCAGCAACCAGCACCGGUAUCCCCAAUGCAGAAAAGGUUCCAGCCACCAAAUCCACUCUCUGGCAGGAGGAGGCUAAGGUCAAAGACGGGCAGAGUAGCAGUAGCAGCGGCAGCAGUCCUAACCAGAGCCCGGUUCAAAUGCCCUCCUCCCCGCGUGAGCCCAUGCCGGACAGCAAAGUCGAUAGUACCAUGGUGAAUGGAGAUCGCGUUGACGGCGGGCGCAAGACUCGAGUGGAAAGCGGCUAUUUCUCAUUAGAGAAGACUAAAGACUUAAAGACAGAGGAGCAGCCCCCACAAGCCCCACCCUCGCCUUCCAUCCCUGACGCACCCAGCAGCCCCUCCCACAUUCUGUGUCUCAGGCGCUCGCUGGUCAUCGAGAAGUUUGAAGCUCUGGAUAUUGAGAAGGCGGAACACAUGGAGACUAGCUCUUCGGCAGCUCCCAGCAGUGAGGCCCGGCAGGGCCGCAGCGAGAAGCGCACCUAUCCUAGGAAACGGGAUGAGGCGGGGAUGGCCUCUAUUCCAGAUGUAUCCGUCUCCCCUAUGUCACAAUACCGAAGGGCGAAAUCCCUGGAUCGCCGAUCCACAGAGUCUUCAAUGACGCCCGACCUUUUGAAUUUCAAGAAAGGCUGGUUGACCAAACAGUACCAGGAUGGGCAGUGGAAGAAGCAUUGGUUUGUGCUGACAGACCAGAAUUUGAGAUAUUACCGAGACUCUGUGGCAGAAGAGGCCGCAGACCUUGAUGGGGAAAUCGAUCUUUCCACCUGCUAUGACGUCACAGAGUUUCCAGUCCAGAGAAAUUAUGGAUUCCAGAUCCAUACAAAAGAAGGGGAGUUUACCCUGUCAGCAAUGACCUCUGGGAUUCGGAGGAACUGGAUACAGACCAUUAUGAAACACGUACGACCCAACACAGCCCCUGACGUCACGAGCUCUCUACCUGAGGAGAAGAGCAAAACUCCGUCCUCAUUCGUCUCCAGCUCCAUGCCAAGCGAAAAACAGGACUCUGAGCACUCCGAUGCGGACGGGGAGCAGAAGAGGAGCCGGGCCCGGGAGCGCCGGAGAGAAGGGCGUUCAAAAACCUUUGACUGGGCCGAGUUCCGCCCCAUUCAGCAAGCACUGGUACAGGAAAGGGCACAGGCAGCUGAGGCCAUGAAGACCAUAUCUUACGAUGCCACCGACUCCAAGUCUGAUCUAGGGGAGCUGGAAAGAGAACGGGCUCGCAGGAGAGAAGAACGCAGGAAACGGUUUGAAAACUCGGACUCUUUGGAGGAGUCUGCAGGAGAUGAAGCAUCCCGCAUGGAGGUGGACAAGGGACCGGCGUCAUCUAAUUCCAUUGACACCAGGCCAAAUGUUCAAGUGGAGAUUGAGCAGCGCUGGCAACAAGUGGAAACUACCCCUCUGAGGGAGGAGAGACAGAUACCCAUUUCUCCCUUGCCUUUGUCGAGUACCUCUCCCAAACACCCAGCAGAGGACAUAACUUCCCUCUUGGAGAAGCAGCUUGAGCAGAGCCAGAAGGAAGUGUCUGACCUCUUGGCCGAAAACCUGGCGCUGCAGCAACGGCUGAAAGAAGCUUUGAAUCAGCAACACAGUGCCAGGGACGGAUACGUGUUACAGACUGAAUUGGCAGAUCCCUCUUCGGAUGUUGGGCAAAGACUCCAUAAAGUCAAUGAGUCCCUUCAAAGUGAACUGGAGAUCCAGAGCAAACAUCAGGAAAUGCUAAAUCAACAAAUACAGAGCCUCAAAUACAGUUACGGAGAAGCCAAGGACUCCAUCAGACAUCAUGAAGCAGAGAUACUAAGCCUGCAGGCCCGUCUGAGCAGUGCAUCCACUGAGCUCUCCAUUAAAGAGCAGGCUCUGACCAAACUAAGGGGAGAUUUGGAGCAGGAAAAGGAGAGGGCCAAAGAAAUGUUGGACGAGUGGAGUACCAGUGAAGUAGCUCUAGGUUCCCAGCUUAAGGUCAGCCAGCAAAAGCUGAAGGAAGUAGAGUCUUUGCUUUUGGAGAAGAGGCAGGAAAUUCGAGAGCUUGAAAUAGAACAAGCUCUGCAGAAGGACUAUCAAAAGGAGAAAGAGAGGCUGCAUGACAAGCUUGUGAGCCUGCAAGCUCAGUUGGAUGCCAGCGAGCAAGCUCGUGCAUUAACAGAGGAGAGGGUUCAAAUAAAUUACUCAGAGCUGGUUGGAAGCUAUGAAAAGGAGAAGCAGCUCUUAAUCCUUAGCCUGAAGGAAACUGAAGACAGACUUCAAAAGUAUGAAGAUAAGUUACAAGAAAAGGACCAACUGAUGGAGGUUUUGCAGAAAGAGAAGUUGAAUGCCAAUGCUGAGGCCAGCAUUUUAGUUUAUCACCUGCAGGAGCAGCUGACAGGGAGGGACUCUAAGAUUCAUGAGCUGGAAGGAUACAUCAAAGAGCUGGAGAAGGAGCGGGACCAGCUUAAAUUAACAUGUCAAGAAAUGGCCCAUCAAAUGGCUAUUUCAGACUCUGACAUCUCCAAUUUACAAAACCAGCUUGAGGUGCGAGAGAUGGAGUAUAGCCAGUUGAGAAGCUCAUUAGAGAAAUCAACAGAGGAGCUUCUGGAGGUCCAGGAGUCUCUGAGAGCAAAAGAUGAGGAAUUGAAGAGGGUCUGUGAGACUCAUAGGAGAGUUAUGGAAAAGAAAGACCAAGAUAUUAAUGAAGCAAUUAUUAAGAUGUCGGCUCUGGGGAGCAGUUUGGAAGAGACUGAGAUGAAGCUAAAAGCUAAGGAAGAAGCCUUAAAAAGCAUGUUCAGCUUAGGUUCUGAAUCCCAAACAAAAAAAAUUGAAACUGUUUAUAGUCAAUUAGAAACUGCAAAAUGUAGAAUUGCAAAGUUGGAGCAGGGUCAUCAGGUUGAGUGUGGGGAUGUGUUUGGUGAAGUUUUGGAAGUUGGGCAUGGUGAGCUGCAAUCUGCAUUAAACACUGGAGACAUAUGCACUUGUUCAGCCACUGUAGAAAAAGAACAGGACACAGGAGCUAAAAGACAAAGGAUACGAUUUUCCAGCAUUCAGUGUCAGAAAUACACUCACAGUGAUGAUACAGAGAAGACCUGGACAACCAGCGUUUCCUUUGACACAAGUCACGAGCAGUCAGUUUCUGAAGAAAGUAUGUCAGCUGAGGUUAUUACGCCCUACCAGAUUUCUGGGGCUAUUGACAUGGAAAACUGUGUAUCCAUUAUACAUUCUUUGGAGACCAAGCUAUAUGUAACAGAGGAGAAGCUGAAAGAUAUAUUGCUAAAGCUGGAAAAUGAGAAAAGCAGCCAUCAGGAGAGUGUGAUGGAUCUUCACAACCGGUGGGCAACGACAGAGGCCAGUCUCAGAGAGCAGCUCCUGGCUGCUAUAACUCAAGCCAGUUCUAUGGCUCAGCAGAUAGAAGAGGUGGAGAAAGAGAAGCUGGAGCUGUUACGGUGCCACCCAGAAACUGCUAAAAAAGAAACUUUUUGCUGCUUAAAGGCAUGUAGUGAUAUGCUAAAAGAAUUACAUAAUAUAGAUGACAUACAGCUCAACUCGAACACCUUGUCCAGUAUCAAGACUGCUUUAGAAAACACAAUUCAUUAUUUGCAACAGAUUCUGCUAGAGUGUGCGCAAUCAGAUGUCCAGGGUUCAGAUAUCGACUGCUCUGGCGAUGAGGUUUCCCCUGUGGAAAGUUUGAUGCGGGUUCACCAAGAGCCACUCCAAGGGCUUGCAGAAAAAAUACACUUCCAAGCAAACUUAAUGUACCGAAUGGCAGAGCGCUUAAAACACACAGUUCCUGAGGCUGGUCUGAGUGUGCAGGAGGCUGAUUUCUAUACUGAAGGAUCUACCGAUGACUUUCUGGUAGAUAUGUUUACGAGAAAAGUCAAGCUAGAGAGAGACUUUUGGGACAGGGUUGCUCAACUUGGAAACACUAUUGGUUGGGGUAAAGGGGAGGUGGCUCCUGAGGAGUCCGAAUUAAGCCUUCAUUCCCAUUCAGAGCUUCUUCAAACCUUAGCAGUUACUACCAUACUCAAAGCUGAGCUUGACUUGGUUAUUCAAAAGGCAAAGACUUACUGUCAGCGCAUAAGGACUCUUGAAGAUGAACUUAAGGUAGCAAAACUUGGCCUAGAUGAAAUGUGUAUAGGGAUUCAAGAAACAUCUGGAUCUCAGGAGUUAAGACCCCACUAUGACAUUGCCUCAGAACAGACCACUUCUAUGACUACUAACCUCUCAUUCCUGGAAAAACUUUCUGUGCAUUUAAGGGAAAAUGCAGAUGAGCUUAAGAGAAUUUCUUCUGCCUUAAAGUCCAUGCCACAUGCAGAUUUUGGAGAAGCUGUUCAUGGCCUCCUGCAGACUAGUCAACAGCUUUUUAGUUGUGUUCAGUCUUGUAACUUCCCACCAUUACUUGUACAGGACGCAGUUAUGCAGGCUCAGCUGUGCUAUGUUACCUCUAAAGCACGGCUCGAAUCUGAGCGAGAGGAACAAAGGAGCAGGGACGCUCUGUGCCUGACUCACUCCAAGGCUCUGGCCAAGGUGCAUCAAGAAUACCAGGAAUCAUUACAGAAAAAACAGAGCGAGAUUGCAGAGGUUUUGGAAAGGGAGAGGGCAGCAGCCGAGGCUGUAACUACCCAAUCAGAAGAUGCCAAAAGGUUUCUUAGGGAAUCGGAGGCAAAGUUCAAAGAGACAAUGUCCCAGCUUGACAGCAGUUAUAAGCAGGAGAUCCAGAACCUGAUGGAGAGGUGGGUAGAGAGGGAGAAUGUUUUGAAAGCCCAGGUAGAGGUGGUAACUAAACUCCAUGCCUCGGAAAAGGCGAUGGAAAAAAAAGAGAAGGUUCACAAAGAACAAAUCCAACAUUUAGAAGCACAGUUCCAAGACCAGAUACAAGAAAUUCGGAAAACCCACAGGAAUGAAAUCCGGGAGUUGGAGGAUCGAUAUACACAGAGCAUACAACAACUUCAGGACACGCUUGACAGCUACCAGAGAGAACACGCAUACACACCAUCACCGGUGAACUCUGCAGCACACGCUAUAGCAGAGCAAGGCUUGGCUGGCGAGACUGACGCCAUGAAUGUCCUGAGAGGUCGGAUUCUGGAAUUGGAGACACAGAUGGACAUGAUGAGAGAAGAGCUUGAGCAGAAACAGCCUCAAGACAACAUGUCCUCCAUAAAGGAGAAAUACCAGGCCGACUUUGAGAACCUGAAGGCGACCUGUGAGCGCGGGUUUGCUGCUAUGGAAGAUACCCAUCAAAAGAAAAUUGAAGAUCUUCAAAGACAGCAUCAUAGAGAGCUGGAGAAACUGAGAGAGGAGAAGGACCGCCUGCUGGAAGAGGAGACUGCAGCCACCAUCUCAGCCAUUGAAGCAAUGAAGAAUGCACACCGUGAGGAGCUGGAGAGAGAGCUGGAGAAAUCCCAGCGCUCGCAAAUCAGUAGCGUCAACGCGGAUGUGGAGUCUUUGCGGAGGCAGUAUCUGGAGGAGCUGCAGUCUAUACAAAGGGAGCUGGAGGUCCUCUCCGAGCAGUAUUCUCAGAAGUGUCUGGAGAAUGCCCACCUUGCUCAAGCUCUAGAGGCAGAGCGCCAAGCUUUGCGCCAGUGUCAGCGAGAGAACCAGGAGCUUAAUGCACACAACCAGGAGUUAAAUAAUCGCCUGGCCACCGAGAUAACGCGGCUACGAACUCUGGUAACAGGAGAUGGAGGAGAUGUGUCUCCACUCACCCAUGGGAAGGACUCGUAUGAAUUAGAGGUACUUCUACGUGUAAAAGAGUCUGAGAUCCAGUAUCAGAAGCAAGAGAUCAGCUCCCUGAAGGAUGAGUUGCAGACGGCGCUGAGGGAAAAGAAAUACGCCAGCGAUAAAUACAAAGAUAUUUACACCGAGCUGAGCAACGUGAAGGCCAAGGCAGAGUGUGAUAUCACCCGGCUAAAGGAGCAGCUGAAAGCAGCCACCGAGAUUUUGGGGGACAAAUCCCCAGAGAAUGCGUCCGUCUCCGGAUACGAUAUCAUGAAAUCCAAGAGUAACCCGGAUUUCCUAAAGAAUGACAGGUCCAGCAUCAACAGACAGCUACGGAACAUCAGGUCGAAGUUGGUCACCCCGUAUAGAUCAUAAAGGUCUGCCUGUUAAGCCUGAAGGAGGGGCUGACAGUCCAGGAGCGCCUCAAAAUCUUUGAAUCCCAGGACUAUAAGAAACACUAACGUCUCACAAUUUCUGCUGUGUGUCCCUAGAACGUGGAGCAGAGGUGCACCGCCGCCCCGACCCCUUCGGCAUCAGGGGACUCUGACCUGCAGCUCUCUGCAUGUCAUGUGGCAGACCAUUCAGGUGUUGAAAUGGUUCAUUCCUGUGGAUACCUUUCCAGCUCAUUCUCUCUCCCUCCCCCCUCACUCGAGGAAAGGGCACAUUUACUCGCCUCCUCCAUCUUGUCAGAGCUUUAACUCUCAUUCACAAUUGUCAGUAUUAAGGCACCGCUGCCGACCAAUAAGCUAUCAGGUGUGGAAAUGUUGGACCCUAGGCCGUAUGCUGACUCCAGUGCGUGGUGGACAGGUCAGCACGGCGCUGUCUACAGGCCACCGGAGAAGAAAUGAACCACAGACAAGCGAAUGUGACAGGACUGCCUGCGUGGGUAGUAAAUACCACAAGUGAUGGGCGUUUAGGAGUCCCUCGA